UCAGUAAUGGAUCAAGAAGCAAGUAUUACAGAUGAACUAACGUGUAGAAAAUGUUUGAGCUGUACCUGUGUACAUAAUAAUCUACACAAGGGAGUUGACAUCCCAGAGAUAUGGAAACUCAAAGACGUUGCAAGCUGGGCUGAGUUGUUCCUUGAUCAGGCUCCCAUUGGAGACAGCAUACAGGAAACCGGAAAAUCAACCUUGGACUGUGACACUGAGAAAGAGGUGUUUCAACAGAGCAGAGGCAAAGAUGCGGUAGAUAAAAGCUCUAAUGAUUUAGGUUCAAAGCUAUUGGAUUCAACCAUUUUAAGCUCUUUCAUAGCUAUUGAAAAUAGUUUGGAGCAUGGUGAGAGACGCAACCCCUGUGCUUUAUUGAAUCAUAAUGCAUCAUCUCUUCCUCAAAAAAGUUCAGAUCAUCCUCAGAUACUCAAGCCUGAGAGGGAAGGAGAAGAUACUAGAAUUUCUAGUAACAUUGAGGGAGAAUUGGAGGCAGAUGGUUGCAUGUAUAGCAAUACAAGAAAAUCCAGUUUUCAUAAUCUCCCCAUUGAGUGUCAGGAAGAUGAUUCAAGCAUACCUACACUGGACUUGCAGAAAAAGGAUAUUUAUUUUUGGACCCCUGCUAAUAAUAGCUCCAGUGAGGAAUUGCUACGUGUGAAGAAAAGUAGUCCGAAACUAGCCACUACAAGGAACCAGAACGGCAAAAGGUCUUGUGGCAGUGCAAAUUUUUUCAAGCCAGAAAAUCUGAAACUCUUCAGUCAGUCAGUGCUAGAAAGUAGGCUUCCUUGCACAAGAAAGUCUGAUAGCAGUGAAAGAUGGACUCCAGGAAUGGAGAAUCUCUUGGAGAUCAAAGAAUACAAAUGCAAGAGUUUCAUAUGGAUUCAAAACCUAGAAGGCUCCAGUGGAAUCAACAGUAUUACAAAAAGCAUUGGUGAAGAGGCUGGAAAUAGAAAUAGCCCUUUCACUUUCAAGUCUGAGGAGAAAAAAGGUAUCUCAAGGGAUGAGAUGUUAGAUUUUCAGCCUUUAAAGGAAGCUGUAGAUCAGAGAAAUGAAUUUAGAGUGGAUGCACUAGGAAUAGAUAAAUGUUUUGAAGGGAGUAAACAUAUUGGAAAGGAUCAGACGACUGGUACAUAUGAUAGAGAUGACUUCAACAAAGACCAAAAGAAAGUUGAAUUAAGAUUUAUGGUGAAAGAUCCCACGGUGCAAAUCAACAGUUUCUGUAGGAAUUUGUCACCAAAUCAUUCAGAAAAUAGUACAGAUCAAAUUGCUUCAAACCGUUUGAAUUGUCCCUGUGAAAGUAGAAACAUGGACCGUGCUAGUGACUUGGAUACGUCCCCGUUUAGUGAUGGAACUAUAGCACUUAAUUCAAAUACGACUCCCAUAUAUGUGGAAAAUGACAUGAAAGAAAAUAUAUCUGAGAAGGUCAUCAAAUCAAUAGUAGGUUCUCAAAGCAAUAUUGAGGGGUUCUUCAAUACAAGUGUGAAAAUUGAUGGCCACAAACAGUUGUUUUGGAGUGACCAGUCCCAGUCUGAUAGUGUUUUGGCCAAAUAUUACUUCUAUGUGAAUUAUCUUAAUAAACUGAAAAAGCUUCAGCCUGAAGGUGGUGACCAUUUCCCUUCCUGUCAAGAACACUGGGGCGUUUCUAAAGAAAAGAAUCUGUCUGCAUUUUGUUACUGUAAGAGCAAUAGCUUGUUGUAUGAGCAACAAGCUAAGGAACUUAGGAGCAAUGAUUCUGGCACUCAAGAAAUAAGCUGUGAUAAGGAUACAAGGGCUGAGGUUUUAGAACAGCACAGAUGCGCUGAGGAACAAGAGGCUAUGACUCUGUUUGGAAAAAGCAGUCCCAAACGAUUGCCUAAUCCUGCAUUGUUUACUAAUGGGCAGCCGAGGAAGCCAUGCGUUUUUAAAGACAAGAAAGCAUUUGAAGCCAAGAAAACUGGUACAGACAUGGCUGGUCCUAAAAGGCACUGGGAGAGAGCAAGCAUUGCGUGGUCAUCUUACACACAUGACGAAAUGAAGCCAAGUAGAUCACAGUAUGUUCAAACACCUGUGCUGGGCAGUAAAUCAAGAAGAAAGGGUGAGCAUAAUUCUCUAAGCUGUCCGUCUUCAGGGACUGAAUCCAGACAGCAGCAGGAACCUGCCAUUCAAGCUUACGAUGAAAUAAAUACAAGCAGGCAUGAGGAUCAUAACCUCUUGCCUUGGCUGCUUCUUCCUAAUGAAUUGUGGCUGUGUAUCUUCUCUCUGUUGACUCAUAAAGAUAUUUCUCGUGUUUCCCAAGUCUGUCGCCGUUUUUAUCAGCUAGCAGGAGAUGAGACUUUCUGGAAGGACAUUCAGCUCACUGGCUGCCAUUGCUUGAACGAUGAUUGGUUGGUUCCUUUAGGAAACCGUCACCCCAAGCGUUUCACCCUUGAUCAUUGCCGCGAUGAAGCUCAGAAAAUUACUGACAUGGGAUUAAGGCAGUUCUUUCAGCAUUGUGGAGGAUCUCUUAUGGAACUCAGCAUAAAAAGCUGUAGUGGUCCUGGAUUUAGGGGGGACAUCAUUCUACUUCAUGCAAGUACCUUUUGCCAUAACCUGACAACUAUAGAUGUAAGCUGGACUGGAGCUACGGAUGCAGGACUCACUGCCCUAGUAAAAGCAUCUAAAAGUUUACAGUGUCUUUCCGCUAAUGGAUGCCUGUUAACUGAUGAUUCAGUGAUAACCUUGGUUGAAAAGCAUGGGAAGAGCCUUAAGAAACUGGAAAUAUUUGGCUGCCAUGCCAUUACUGCCAAAUGUCUCACAUUUAUGGCUGUGAAGUGUCCACAUUUAAAGGUUCUGAACAUUGGUGGGAUUCACAAGGUUACUGAAGACUGUUUGGCAGAAAUAGUAACCUCUAUGAGAAGCCUCACUAGUCUCAACUGUACAGGCCUCAGUGUGGUAAGAGACUCCGUCAUUCAAUUUAUUGUGAAGAAACUUCCUGAACUGGAAUGUCUGGUUCUCAGUUCUUGCUCUCAAGUAACUGAUAUUGCUGUGAUGGAAAUUAGCUCUUAUUUACCUACAAUCAGGCACCUUGAUAUUAAUGGCUGUGAAGAAGUAACUGAUGUUGGAGUUCAAGCUUUGGUGGGCAGGUGCUCUAAGCUUUCGUACAUUGAUUUGAGUUCCACAGCAACAAGCAAAAGAGGGGUUUGCUUGCUGGCCAGCUUCUGCUUCCGAACCCUGGAGUUUGUGAAACUUAGUUUCUGCAAAGAUAUCUCCCCGGAAGCAGUUUUAAAACUAUGUAGAAACUGCAAAAAAUUAAAAAUCCUUCAUUUAUAUGGUUGCUAUUUUCUCCCAGAUUUGGAGUCUAUUAAAAAGAUCAAUAAAAAUCUUGAAGUGUUCCAUGACCUGUCUGUCCCAACAGCUAAGUUUUCAUCUGAAUGAUAAACCUGACAAACAUAUAUAUAUGUGAAUGAUAUGUGAUGUCAGUUUGUCUGCAAGGUAUUUCAGAAUUGUUUUACAAAGACUUACUGACUUGGUCAAGAUCUAGUAACCUACUUCAGCUUAGCUUUUAUCUAUAUAAUACGUAGUAGAAAUGCCAGAAG